AUGGCCAUGGCGAAAGAAAGGAAAUCAAAGACUCUUUCGUUGUCAAACGAGCAAUACAAGGAAACUCUUCUUAAAACCAUGGACCAGCUACGAAAAGAUGAUGUUCUUUGCGAUGUAAGGCUCGUUGUAGAAGGUCAGAGUUUCCUCGCUCAUCGAAGCAUUUUGGCUUCAAGCAGUCCGUAUUUUCGAGGUUUGUUUACAAACGACAUGAAAGAGAAAGAAGUCAUGGAGUGUAGUUUAGACCAGUUAAAGUCUUCUGUUAUGGAGGCUCUACUUUGUUACGUUUACACUGGAAACGUGACGCUUACUGAGGAGAACGCACAGGAUCUAGUUGCCGCAGCUGAUUAUUUAAUCAUUCAAAGCCUCAAGGAUAUUGGCUGCCAGUUUUUAGAAAGUUCCCUAUCGCCCAGUAGAUGUUUCGCUUUGAGAGAUUUUGCGGAAAAGUUCAGCUGCAAAGCGCUAAAAUCUUCUGCUACAAUUUACAUCGUAAAACACUUCAAAGAGGCCUGCGACACAGAGGCUUUCAAAUCCAUAGAUUUCGAGGUUCUCUCCGAGAUCAUCCAGCGCGAUGACCUCGAGGUCUCGAGCGAAGAAGAUGUUUAUGAGACGCUUAUAACGUGGGUGAAACAUGAUUUGGAAACUCGUAAAGAGAAUUUUGAGGAACUAUUCAGCAAAAUCCGUUUGUCAUCUUUGUCAAAGCAUUAUCUGGUUAACAAAGUGGAAAAAGAAGAUCUUGUAAGCAGUAGCUUUUACUGCACGAAGCUCGUGGUGAAAGCUUUGAGUUCUAUUGUCCUGCACGCGUAUGAUGAUUUCGACCUGCCACGAAAGACACUUAAGCGGCAUUUGAAUGUUAUCACAGUGUGCGGUGGAAACCUUAGCAAAGAGGCAGCUUGUUACUGCCCCGAAACGAAGAAGUGGCUGCCACUUGCAGAUAUGCUGCACGCGCGAGAUGAGCACUGUACCGCUGUACACGACAACAUACUGUACGCAUUCGGUAGCACACAGUUGGAAAACGGCCAGUCUGUUGAGCAGUACAACGCCCACACUAACACCUGGGUAGCAGUUGCUAACAUGCCUCAAUUACGCUGCGCUGCCACUGCUGUAAGAUCCGGGGAUCACAUCUUUAUCAUUGGUGGUAGGAUACCGAAUGGUGGCUCUGCUAAGGAGGUCAUGCGUUAUGACCCAGACAUUAACCAAUGGUUUAUUGAGACACCCAUGUCUGUCAAGCGUGCCGGUCUGUGUUCAGCAGCUUGUCAAGGCUUCGUUUAUGCCAUUGGUGGGCUAAGCGACAGAAACGAGUUUCUGCGAAUUGUCGAGCGAUACAACACGAAGAAAAAGAUAUGGACCAGCAUCGCACCCAUGCAAAUUGCUCGCUAUUUUGCGUGCGCAGUGGAAAUGAACGGAAAGGUCUUUGUCAUCGGUGGCCAAUCUUCAACAGGGGCAUAUUUAUCUUCUUGUGAGGCGCUUGAUCCAGUGACUGAAGAGUGGUCUUUGCUUCCCAAUAUCUCCGUCCCCCGCCAGGCGGCUGGUAUCACCAGGCUUGGAAACAGGAUUUUCCUGUUUGGAGGCUGUAACAACUCUGGGAGUCUAGACAGCGUAGAAUGUUAUGAUGAGCGUAAGAGAAGUUGGGAGACAGUCACCAAGAUGCCCUCCAAGAGAUCUUGGGUCCAGUGUGAUGUGCUCAGAGUGGCCAAGGAACUUCUUCAGAUUAAUUAA